ACCAUCAACUUUUCGAUUUUCGAUGAAAUACAUUCGUUUAGAUUAUCUCAAAUGUUACGUGGAAUCAUCGAUGGCGAAAAGAAAAUCUACCUCAACCCCAAUGACAUGCAAACCACGUGAAAUCGACAUUCGUACAACUGUUUACGAGAACGAAGAUUUCAUCUAUCAACGACAUGUGAACUCAUCACGGACAUUCUUAUCCGAAGUGGAAAAACGUUUCAUAUUGAUGACAUUUACAUUGUGA